GACGACUUCAAUCUAGAAUAUUGUUUGACUACGUGUAGGAUCGUUCACCGAAAACAUGUUAUUCGCAGUGAUAUGUCUCAUUAUUGUAGUGUCAUUAGUGUCGUCUGAGGAAACGCUACAACCAAAUAUAGUUUUUAUAGUUGCUGAUGAUUUGGGUUGGGACGAUGUAAGUUUCCAUGGAUCAGAUAAUAUUUUGACACCUAAUAUUGACGUACUUGCUUAUGAAGGUGUGAUACUUAAUCAAUACUACACCGAUACGGAGGGAACAGCUUCUAGAAGUGCGUUUUUUACCGGCAAAUAUGCCAUGCGUCUUGGUACUCAAGGCAUCUCAAUAUCGGCAGCCGAAGACCGCGGUAUACCUAUAACAGAACUAUUACUGCCAUCCUAUUUACAAAAGUUGGGGUACUCAACACAUUUGGUCGGAAAAUGGAACGUAGGCGAAUCUAGAGAACAUUAUCUACCCACCUACAGAGGAUUCGAUUCUUUCUACGGCUUCGUGGGUCGAUCUGUGGAUUACCUCACGUAUAAUCUUAUAGAGAACUGCAACGGCGCUGAUUACUAUGGGCUCGAUCUUUUCGAAAACAGAGAGCCUGUAUUUGAUCAAACUGGUCAUUUGACUGAAAUCCUUACGGAUCAAGCUAUUCGAAUAAUAAGAGAUCAUAAUACAUCUGUACCGUUAUAUCUUCACAUAUCUCAUGCCGCACCUCACGCCGGCGGUGGGUUUGUUAACUUGCAACCGCCUUUAGAUAGUAUAGAAGCAAAUGGGUAUAUCGCUCAUUCUGCUAGGAGAUUGUAUGCAGGAUUAGUAACAAGUUUAGAUAAAAGCAUAGGACACAUACUUUCAAUGUUAGCAGAGAGAGAAAUACUCGAUAACACAAUAAUUGUCUUCGUUUCGGAUAACGGAGCGGCACCAAUUGGGCCUUCGCAAAACUUUGGAUCCAAUUUACCAUUGCGAGGUGUUAAGGGCUCUCCUUGGGAAGGCGCUGCUCGUGGCGUAGCUUUUCUAUGGCAUUCAUCAAUAUCAUCCAAAAUACAUGAUGGAUUGUUUCAUGUUACUGAUUGGCUUCCUACGUUAGUUAACGUAGCAGGCGGAAACAUACCAGAAAACAUAGAUGGCGUUAAUCAAUGGGAUACAAUUAAUAGCGAUGAGAGACCUAAGCGACUUGAUGUUUUAAUAACAAUAGAUGACUUGAAUGGAUGGGCCGCAUUCAGAGAGGGUGACUUCAAAAUAAUUAUAGGUAAUGUGAACCGAAAUUUUAGCGGUUAUUACAGUAAAGAAUUAAAGGUUUUAAGAAAUACAAUACCAUCCUACGAAAACAUGUUACUAGAAUGCGAUGCAAAUCGAAUAAUUAGAGAAACAUUGGAUUUGGUAUUGGAUGUUGAUUUAGCAUUUGCUAAACGAAAAGAAUUAAGUAUGACAUAUAUUAACGAGAAUGAAAUAAACACAGAGCCCUGUGUACCAACUCAAGCGAAAGGUUGUCUUUAUAAUAUAACAGCUGAUCCAACUGAAAGCAAUGACUUGUGGAAUAAUUUACCGGACUUAGUGAGACAUCUGACUUUACGACUCAGAACUUUAUGGGCGGAUAUGGUGCCUAGACGUCAGCCUCAAUUAGAUCCGAAAGCUAAUCCUUCAUUUCACAACUAUAUUUGGUAUCCAUGGGUAGAGAACGACGAAGUAGUAUUGGAGCCUCCUAAAGUCCCUACAUUCCCUUUACAAGUUUCUGUUGAUGAAUUAGAAUAUUUAGUGGAUAUAAACAUGAACACGUUUAGAGAUAAUUUAAAUCUCUAUAUUAAAGAUAUGAGCAAAUCUUUUAUUAGAAGCGUGAGUGCAUUAUUCUCUUUAUAAAUUCCGUCUUACUGUAAAUAUAACUUUAUUAGUAAAGUUGUUUGUUUUAAAUUAAGUGUUAUAAGAUGACUAGCUGUAACCAGCGUCUUUAUCCGCAUUAUAAAAAUAUGUGGUUAUAAAUUUAUAAAUAAAAUGUUAUGAAUAGAAUACGGUCCAUUUAUGUACCAAAUUUAAUCCCAGUUUGUUCUGCAUUUUAAGUCUUAUUAAAUAACAAACAUCUAAAGAUCUUUCACAUAUAUAAUAUUACUAAGAUUAAUAUGUAUUAAGUAUGUAGUGCUACGCAACGCGUAUAGUGGUAUGGGUUGGGUAAUCUGAAAUACCUAACGUAUUUUAUGAGCCGACGAGGUGAUGUGUCGUCGCUUCGUCGACCGUCCUUUGAUCAAGCGGGGCGUGCAUUAAAAAGGAAAAUUGGUAAUUUUCGGGUUAGCACGACUGAAAGAGCAUUUACUUUAUCAUAUUCUAGCAGCAAUUAUAGAAAAUAGUUCACGAGAAUAAGCAGCUUAUUUAUAAGAAGUGGAUUUUAUAAAAUUAUUAGCAAUUAGUUAAUUUUAAAGUUAUGUUAUAAAAAAGUUAACAUUACAUAGCGUCCAAUGAAAUCAAGAUAAACAAAACAUAGGUAUGAA